CUGAGCAGAGUCGCCAUGGCCCCAGGGCUCACUGUCCUGCUCGUCUUGUUGCUGUUCAUCAAAAACCCAACGGUCCAGGCUGAAGACACCUGUCCAGAGGUGAAGCUGGUGGGUCUGGAGGGCUCCGACAAACUCACCAUUCUCCGGGGCUGCCCCGGGCUGCCCGGCCUCUCGGGGCCCAAGGGAGAGGCUGGCGCCAAGGGAGAGAGAGGAGAGCGAGGCACCUCCGGAGCCCCUGGGAAAGCAGGACCACCUGGACCCAAAGGAGACCGCGGGGAGAAGGGGAUGCCAGGAGAGAGAGGAGGUGCUGGGCACCCUCAGUCAUGUGCCACAGGACCUCGGAGCUGUAAGGAGCUGCUCACCCGAGGCCACUUUCUGAGCGGCUGGUACACCAUCUACCUGUCCAGCUGCCAGCCCCUGACUGUGCUGUGUGACAUGCACACUGACGGAGGGGGGUGGACUGUCUUCCAGAGGAGGCUGGACGGCUCUGUGGACUUCUAUCGGGAUUGGGCCGCGUACAAGCAGGGCUUCGGCAGUCAGCUGGGGGAGUUCUGGCUGGGCAAUGACAACAUCCAGGCCCUGACCGCCCAGGGAACCAGCGAGCUCCGCGUGGACCUGGUGGACUUUGAGGGCAACCAUGUCUUUGCCAAGUACAGCUCGUUCAGGGUGGCGGGGGAGGCAGACAAGUACAAGCUCACCCUGGGAGCCUUUGUUGGAGGCAGUGCUGGUGAUUCUCUGACGUAUCACAACGACAGGUUCUUCUCCACCAAGGACCAGGACAAUGACAUCAGCCCUUUCAACUGUGCCGAGAAGUACCAUGGAGCCUGGUGGCACUCUCAAUGCCACCUGUCCAACCUAAAUGGCCUCUACCUCAAGGGUGACCACGAGACCUUUGCCGAUGGUGUCAACUGGAAGACGGGGAAGGGGUACAAUUACAGCUACCAGAUGUCGGAGAUGAAGGUKCGGCCCACCUAGUCCCCACAGGCCUCUCCCACCUGAGCAGGUGGGGAGGUGAGACCAGGACCACAGGGGGAGGGCAAGCUCACGCAGGCCYGUGGCUCACAGACAGGCAGCAGACCCAGGGGCCUGGCUGAGCCCCCAGCCAGAGUGGGCUCUGCCCCACUGAGGUCGGGUGCUGUUGCACCCUGGGGACAGCUGCGGACUCCCCUUUAGCAUGGGGCUCCACUGGGUGCCCCUGACCAACCAGCCCACCCGCCCCUACACGUGACCA